AUGACAAACGGUGUUCGCACGUACGAUAAAUCAACUGGGAAGAUGUUCACUUUGCGGGCAGCAGUUAUGUGGACUGUGAAUGAUUUCCCAGCAUAUGCAAUGGUUUCUGGGUGGAGCACAAAAGGUUAUAUGGCAUGUCCUGUAUGCAAUGAAGAUGUAACUUCUGGUUGGCACGCUGGAAAAGUUUGUUACCUUGGUGUUAAUAUUAGGGAAAACUUUUAUUGGUGCUCUUCUCUAAUCUUUGCUCUAUGGUGGCUCAAGCAAGUUGACAAAGGAAGUUUUGGAAAGAUUGGCUUACGAUCUUUCUGUUCUUCUUCCUCUGUUCCUGUUGGAGUUUCCUCUCCCUUUGUGUCUUCUGCGGCUGCCUCCUUCUUUGAUGAGGUUGUCUCAAAGAGAAAAUUCAUUCAUGAGAGGACUUAUCAGUUUGAUGCUGUUCCCUUGGCGGCUCAGGAGUCUGCAAAUCAGAUUUUGGAGCACUACCACCUUCAAGCCCUCAACUCUCUCUCUGGUAAGUUUAACAUCCCUGUCAUUCAAGAGUUUUACUCUAACUUUCCUGCUGACCCUAAGGGGUCAAAGUAUCAGAUUUUGGUUAGGUCAGUACCCAUUACUCUGAAACCAUCUGUUAUCAAUCGGGUCUUAGGUUUUCGAUCAUGCCCUGGUUUUGAUUUUGCAAAAUUUGCUCUUGCUUCUGCUGAAUACUCUGUUGAUCUUUUUAAAUCCAUGGCAUACACUGAUCAAUCCUUGCCUUUGACCUCUAAAGGUCUGCCUAUCAAGUCUUACCUGUCCCCUUUUUAUAAAUUUUUGUGGGAUUUUAUCUGUCAUAAUGUUCUCCCCACUAGGAACAAUUCUAAUCCCACUCUUGCUGCCUGCCAGCUCAUGAUAUCCAUGGUGAAUCAUGAUAAAAUUCCCCUUGGUGAUAUCCUAUAUAAUGCCAUUCUUGGGAAAACCAUUGGUCAUGGUACCAAGCACAAGGGGACUCUUGUGUUCCCCUGUCUGAUUCAGCGCCUUUGUGAGAAAAAUGGGGUGGCAUUUCUUGAUUCCGAUCAGUGGCAUCCCCCCAUUGCUCCUUAUGGCAAGGCCUCUGCUGCCCUUAGCCAGAAAGUUUCCAGAACCUUUCUUACUUCUGUGUCGUCUUCCUCUGAGAAUGCCUCUCUCAGAGCUCAGCUGGCUGCCAAGGAGGAGUAUAUUCAACAUCUUUUGAGCCUCAUUCCAUCCACUUCGACUCCUGCACCUGCCACUGAUAAGGACUCGGAUGACUCUGUGGAUUCUGGUGGCUCUUUGGUCUUUUAG